AAAAAAAUUACCAUCAGCUUUGAGCAGAUUCUUAAAUUUAGUUAUCCAUUUUAAAGUUAAGGACGAAGAAAAAAGUAAGAACAAGUCAUCAUCAUCAAUCAUUAUCGUCGUGGUCGUCACUAAACAUCAACUUCAAUUCUUAUCGAUUCAUCAUCAUAACAUAAGAAGCUUCUCUACUUGAUCUCUCUCUCUCUCUCUCUCUCUCUCUCCCAGUUUUCUUAUCCCUGAUAUCUCUCUCUCCUUACGCCUUCUCCUUCGCUAGUUUCGUGUUUUUUUUUUUUUUUGGGUAAUCGUCGUCUCCGAUACGGAUCAUGGAAGGAGACUUCUUCAGGUUUGAUGCGCAACGAGCACACAGUGAUCGGUUUGUACUAACACAAAAGCCGAGUCUCAUCACGGUUCCAACUGACGAAACUGGGUGUUUCGAUUGCAACAUCUGUUUAGAAACAGCACAUGAUCCUGUUGUGACUCUCUGUGGACAUCUUUUUUGCUGGCCUUGCAUUUACAAAUGGUUAGAUGUUCAAAAAUCAUCUUCUCCCUCCAUUAUCCAUCAGCAGCAGAACUGUCCUUGUCCUGUCUGCAAAUCUAACAUCUCUAUCGGUUCUUUGGUUCCUCUUUACGGAAGAGGCAUGUCUUCUUCAGAAGAAGAAGAUACAGUUAUACCUCAAAGACCCGCUUCAUCAUCAUCAUCAUCCCCUUUGAACAAUCUGAUCAGUCAUCAACAUCAUCAUCUUCAAGCUCAGUCUCCUCGUCAUUACGGUAGAUUCAAUGCGGCGACGGAAUCAUCAACUGAUCUCGCUAAUGCAGUCAUGAUGAGUUUCUUGUACCCGGUUAUUGGAAUGUUAGGGGACACGAGGAUGUUUGGAACGUUUACAAACACUUUGACUCAUCCUUACCGGAGCUCUCGACUCGUCAAUGGGAACAACAACCAGAGGAUGGUGCAGCUAGAGAAGUCUCUACAUCGGGUAUCAAUCUUCUUCCUUUGCUGCAUUCUCCUCUGUCUCUUUUUGUUCUGAGUCACUACUUUGUUUAUUCUUCUAGCUCUUGUUUUUUUUUUUGGUACAGUCUGUUUGUGAUCAUGUAAAUAGCUGUGCUUGGUCUUGAGCUGUAUAAGCCAUUGUUUGUCACUGUUGUAUAUGCCUAAAAACUAUAUAUUCAUUCAUAUUUGUGCAUGUA